ACAUCUCGCGAGAAGCGCCGUGAAGACAGCAACAAGACAACCAAAAUAAAGUGAGCACAACAAACCCGGAGCGCAUGAUGGCGGCGUCGCUGCUACGCCGGGACAAGAAAUCCACCGCCGCCCAUCUGAAGGCUGACCUCAAGCGGACUGACAACAGCUCAGGGCUGCGACAGCUGCAGGAGCUUCUGGAUAGCGUGCUAAAUCCGGAGCGGGGCUCGGACCCAGAGGCGCUAGAGUGGUGUAAAUGGCUUCUGGCCGGAGGGGAAGGGUUCGACGAGUUCUGCCUGACCGUCCGAUCCUACGAUAACGCCACUCUUUGCGGGCUGGUGUGGACCGCAAACUUCGUGGCGUACCGCUGCCGGACGUGCGGCAUCUCGCCGUGCAUGUCUCUGUGCGCGGAGUGUUUCAAUAACGGUGAUCAUACGGGCCACGAUUUCAACAUGUUCCGGAGUCAGGCCGGUGGGGCCUGCGACUGCGGAGACGGGAACGUGAUGAGAGAGAGCGGGUUUUGUAGUAGACAUCGGUUAAAAACUGGCGAGAAUGUACCGUUGGUCCCGCAAGAUCUCCUGCUCAUGUCUGAGAUGGUCCUGCCACGGUUUAUCAUCACUAUCAUUCAGUACCUGAGGGAUGGGUACACUGAACCAGAGUCUGCUGCCGACAGAGAUCUGCAGAAAGUUCUGCAGCAGUUAGAGCCGCAAAUAUCCUUCUUAGAGGAGCUCACCAAGAUGGGCGGGGCCAUGCGCACUGUUCUCACGAAGAUCUUAACCAAUCAGCAGACCUUUAAAGAACUGAGCAUGGGUCAAGAAGAGAAUGUUUAUGCCAAGAAGAACUAUGAGAAGUAUUUGUCAGCGUUGAAGAGUUCAGGUUUGGUGUCAGUGGAGGAGAGGGGUACAGGAGGAGCUGCCGCGGGGGCAACAGAAUCUCCAGGAGGGGCGCUAAGUCUAUUGGGAGCCACUGCUGCUGCCGUUCUCGAGGACUCUAGCAAAGAGGAGGAUCAGGAUGGACUGCAGGGCGUGGGCCAAAGGAAAAGAGUGAAGCUCAGUAGCAGUACCAAAGAUCCAUCCAUAAUGGACACCUUGAAACAUAAAUGUUUUUUAGAAGAAUUAUUGUUUUGGACUAUCAAGUAUGAGUUUCCACAAAAGAUGGUCACGUUUUUGCUCAACAUGUUGCCUGAUCAGGACUACAAGAUCACCUUCACUAAAACGUUUGUCCAGCACUAUGCCUUCAUUAUGAAGACCCUCAUGAAGAGUCACGAGUCUGACACCAUGUCCAACCGAAUCGUUCACAUCAGCGUUCAGCUCUUCAGCAACGAGGAGCUGGCGAGACACGUCACAGAAGAGUGUCAGUUACUGGACAUCAUGGUCACUGUGCUUCUCUACAUGAUGGAGAGCUGCCUUAUCAAGAGUGAACUGCAAGAUGAGGAGAAUAAUCGUCAUGUGGUGGUGAACUGCGGUGAAGCUCUGCUGAAGAAUAACACUUAUUGGCCUUUAGUUAGUGAUUUUAUUAACAUCCUCUCGCACCAAAGUGUAGCCAAGCGUUUCCUGGAGGAUCAUUCUCUUCUGCUGCUCUGGAUGAGUUUCGUUUCAUUCUUUCAAGGAAUGAACCUGAAUAAGCGAGAACUGAACGAGCAUGUGGAGUUUGAGUCUCAGACAUAUUACGCGGCAUUCGCAGCUGAACUGGAGGCCUGCGCUCAGCCCAUGUGGGGCCUUCUCACCCACUGCAAAGUCAAAGAGACGCAUGAAUACACUAAGACGGUGGUGCGGUAUUGUCUGGAAACCCUUCAGAUGUGGUUCGAUGCCAUCGGCUUUGUAGAUGAGCCUGCACUCAACCAGCUGACCUUUCACUUACCUCUGCACAGAUACUACGCCAUGUUCCUCAGCAAGGCAGUAAAGUGUCAGGGUCUGGAUUUGGACAGCUUGCUUCCCGAUCAGGAGAUGCUGAUGAAGAUCAUGGUUCAUCCUCUUCAGAUACAGGCCAGCCUGUCUGAGAUCCACAGUAACAUGUGGGUGAGAAAUGGACUGCAGAUUAAAGGUCAGGCGAUGACCUACGUCCAGUCUCACUUCUGUAACUCCAUGAUUGACCCCGACAUUUAUCUCCUGCAGGUUUGUGCAUCUCGACUGGAUCCAGAUUAUUUUAUUUCCUCUGUCUUUGAGAGGUUUAAGGUGGUGGAUUUACUGACGAUGGCGUCUCAACAUCAGAACGCUGUGCUGGACUCUGAGCAGGAGAGACCCAUGCUGGAGGGAGCGCUCACCUUCCUGGUCUUACUCUGCAGUCUCAGAAUACACAUAGGAAUGUCUGAUGAUGAAAUCUUGAGAGCAGAGAUGGUGUCACAGUUGUGUAUGAACGAUCGCACCCAUAGUUCCCUGCUGGACCUUAUCCCGGAGAAUCCGAACCCUAAGAGCGGUGUGGUGCCGGGCAGCUGUAGUUUUGAGGAGAUGUUGUCUGCUGUAGCUGAUUUUAAAGCGCCAGUGUUUGAACCCGGAGGAUCCAUGCAGCAGGGCAUGUACACGCCUAAAGCUGAAGUGUGGGAGAAGGAGUUUGACCCUAUAAUGGUGAUUCUACGCACAGUGUACCGCAGAGACGUGCAGUCAGCUAUGGAUCGAUAUGCUGCAUUUUUAAAGCAGUCAGGCAUGCAUACGGGGAACCCCUGGCCCCCCUAUAAGGAGAGGACCCCUCUGCACCCCUGCUAUAGAGGACUGGUGCGCCUGCUACACUGCAAAACUCUACAUAUAGUCAUCUUCACACUGCUUUACAAGAUUUGGAUGGAUCAUCAGAACAUGUCUGAGCAUGUGUUAUGUAUGGUGCUGUACCUUAUAGAGCUAGGACUUGAUAACCAGGUUCAGGAGGACAAAGUGGAGGAGGAGCCGUGUAUUGAGGAGCAUUGUCAUGACAGCUGGUUUCCAGGCACCAGCCUCUUGUCCAACCUCCAUCACGUCAUCAACUUUGUGCGGGUUCGAGUGCCAGAGACGGCCCCGGAGGUGGAGAGAAAGCGAGAGAGGGAGCGAGAAAGAGAGACUCCACCCAGCACCAGCUCGGAGAGCAGUACCUAUGGACAGAACCUGCGUGAAGCUCAGGUGUUCAGUCUGGUAGCCGAGCGCAGGAGAAAGUUCCAGGAGAUCAUAAACCGCAGUAACCACGAGGCCAGUCAGGCAGCGCGACCCAAGUCGUCGUCGUCGUCCCGCUGGCUGCCGCCGGGCUCGCCGCCGCAGCUGGUCACGGAGAUCCUGGAGAUCCGUGAGAGCAUGCUGUCACUCCUGGUCAAGCUGCACCAGAAACUGUCUGCCAAACAGAACUCGCUGUCUCUCAGCUGGCUGGCCGAGGUCGAUCCGGCCAAGCACUCGCAUGGAGACGGCAUAACAGCCAUCGAAAGAAUUCUGGCCAAAGCUGCCACCCGCAGUCGGCACAGCAAAAGAUGUCUGCAGGACAUCUGUGGGAAAGUGUGUCCACCCAUACCGCCCAAGAAGAACAGUCCUGGAGACAAGAAGAGUAUGGACAAGGAAGAGAGACGUCAGAGGGCCAGAGAGAGACAGCAGAAGCUUCUGGCUGAGUUUGCCUCCAGGCAGAAGAGCUUCAUGGAGACCGCCAUGGAUGUUGAAUCACCUGAGUCAGAUGCGGUGAUGGAUGUGGGCUCAUCAGAACCUCUGGACUCUGAGGUUCUGUAUGACUGCGUGAUCUGCGGUCAGAGUGGACCAUCCACUGAAGACAGACCCACAGGACUAGUGGUACUGCUGCAGGCUUCAUCAGUGUUGGGACACCGUUGUCGUAGUGACACACCAAAGCGAUUGCCUACUACAGACGAAGAACAAAUCUAUCCCGAGGACACAUGUGGAGCGACCCAUGAUGUUAGACUAUCCAUUAUGCAACGCUACUUUAAAGAUAGUUCCUGUCUGCAGUCUGUGUCUAUUGGCUGGGACGGUGGUGUUUAUGUGCAGACGUGUGGCCACACCUUGCAUAUAGACUGUCACAAAUCAUACAUGGAGUCUUUACGGAAUGACCAGGUUCUGCAGGGCUUUUCGGUGGAUAAGGGUGAGUUCACCUGCCCGCUCUGUCGUCAGUUCGCCAACAGUGUCUUGCCCUGUCGGCCUGGGCGUGGCACGGAGGCGGGCGCUUGGCACGCGCCUAGCAACAAGAGCAUGGCCACGCUGGUAAAGGAGGUGGAGGACCUUCAGGAGCAGCUGGGCAUUUUCCCAGUAAGCGGCAGCGUAAAGCAGAAAGAUCCUAUACUGGUGGAGUCAAAUCUGAGUAAAGAGAUGGAGUCAGUCAUUAAAGACAUUAAAAACACAACACAGAAGAAAUACAUGGAUUAUGGGAAAAACCCAGGGUCACCUGAUAAUGACUUCCUGUUUAUGUACUCCGUGGCCAGGACAAAUCUGGAGUUAGAGCUGGUUCAUCGUGGGGGGAAUCUGUGCAGCGGAGGGGCGAGUGCUGCCGCCAAACGCUCCUGUCUCAAUCAAUUGUUUCACGUGUUGGCCAUGCACAUGCGUCUCUACAGCAUAGACUCUGCAUAUAACCCCUGGACCCGUCUCACGCAGAGCACGCCGAGCCGAGAGCCCGAAUUCUGCGAUGAAGAGCAUCCAGAGGUGCCCAUGCUCUUCAGAGACGUACCAUCCCUCCUCAUCAUCUUCAUCCUCACCAUGCCUCACCCUUUACGCAAAGAGCACUUCACUUGUGUAGUGAAGGUGUUGUACAGUCUGCAGUACACACAGGCUGUGGUUGCACUGUCUAUCAGAUUCAGCCGAGAGGAGAGACGCGCCUGGAGCAACGCUGGAGCUGCCAAAAAGAACACGCCAAACUCCGACAAGUCAUGGGAGGCGCUUCUGGCUCAUGUGAUCUCUGAGCUGACCAAGGCCAAAGAUGUCUAUGACACCAACUCUGAGGAUUCAUCUGUGUUGAGCUCCAGUGUGUGGUCUCCUCAGUCUAUUGAGUUCAGUCUUCAGAAGAUCUGUCUGCCGUUCCUACGGCUGUCCUGCUUACUGCAACACCAUCUGUAUGGAGACAGCUUACCCGGCUGCCCGGUGGAUGAAGAGUUUUCUCUGCUCGCUGGAUGUCUGGGUUUGCUUGGUUCUGGUCAGUCCGCUGGGCCCUUGAGCAGUGCUGCUGGUCUGAAGUGGAACAUCAAUGCUUUCGAUAUGAUCUCACAGUGGUGUUCAGAGGUCAUGGGUCUCUCUGAUACGCCCGCCCAGCAAUCUGUGUCCCUCUUAGUUCAGGACCCUCAGUGGGUAGCCCCUCACCUCCUGCAGCUCCCAGACAACUACAACACCAUCUUCCAGUACUACCACAGAAAAUCCUGCAGCAGCUGCAAUAAAACACCCAAAGACCCGGCGCUGUGUCUGGUGUGCGGCGCAUUCGUCUGUCUGAAAGGUCACUGUUGUAAGCAGCAGGGGGUGUGUGAGUGUGUGCUGCAUUCCCAACACUGUGGAGCAGCGACGGGUAUCUUUCUUCUGAUAAACGCGUCGGUCAUCAUUAUCAUCCGCGGGCAUCGCUUCUGUCUGUGGGGGUCUGUGUACCUGGACGCUCAUGGAGAAGAGGAUCGAGACUUGCGCCGAGGAAAGCCUCUGUAUUUAUGUGAAGAGAGAUACAGAGUUCUGGAGCAGCAGUGGGUGUCGCACACCUUCGAUCACAUCAACAAGCGCUGGGGUCCCCAUUACAAUGGACUUUAAUAAACGGCCCAGAUCCCGAGGACAGGUCACACGAUGUCAACACCAGCCUCUGUGAUAUCCUCUUCACAGUUCUGUCGUGUAAUAUAAAAAAAACAUGCAUCGAGUUGGUUUCUGCCAUAGCCUGGGUUCAUGUGAAGUUUAGUGUACAAUCAAGCCUAAUGACUAAGCGUGUGUGUGUGUGCGUGUGUAUUUUUAAGUGAUUUUCUGUGUGGAUUUCAAAGGGGAGAGUUUUGUUUGUCGAAGCAAGCUCACCGUAGAAGCACAAUGAGUGAGUCUUUGUUAAUCCUGUUGGACACGUGAAUGAAAAAUGCUGGUCUGUAGUGUUUGGAAAACUGACGUUGUUUUUGAAGAGCGAAGCUUUUGGGGGGGAAACCUGACCAAUAUUUAACAAAUCAUGUACAGAAAGCAGAAUUUAUAUCAAAACUUUGAAGGUACUAAGAUUACUAAGAAAAUAUAUUUACACUCUAGACCCCCCCCCCGCCCCCCAUACGCCCUAUGACCAGUGCAAUGUGAAAUUAUAUCAUAAUAUUAUUUGAGUUUCAGCACAUCUCGUAAGAUUAACUCUGGUAGAACUUUAUAUGCUGAUGUGGGUCGAUUACUGAAGCUAAGAGGGAGUCCGAAAUAUCAACAGAUUCAAACAAGUUUAGUUACAGUACAGUCAUCCUCAGGAAUUUUACUUUAUUUUUGGUUUGAUAUUUUAAUAUUUAAAAAGUGCUGCUAUUCAUUGUUAAGGAAAAAGUUAAUUAUAUCUUUUUGUAAAACUUAUUUUUACCAUUUUCAUUUUUUUCUAAUGAAGUCUGUUGACGGUGGUUGACUGGUCUAUUGAGUUCAUUAUAAAAUCACAAAAAAUCUGUGGCCAUUUCCCUGCCUUCUUUCCCGACUCAACCUUAUUUAAAGCUAAUAACAAGGGAAUAUCGUGACAUUUCGUUUGACUCAUAUUUUACCCCAAAAUAAAAAAACAUAUUGCAUAAUGAAAAUAAAACCUGUUUACAUUGUACAUUUUGUGACAUGUCGUGCUAUUUUCCCUUCCAAUUUUUUAUCAUGGUAUUGCUGUAUCUGGACAUUUUGUGAUCAUUUCUUAUUCUCAAACUUUUUUUUCGAUUAUUCUUGCUGUCAUUCAGUAUUUUGUACUGUAUAAGACUUUUUUGUAUUAUAGUCAUUAAAGUUUAGGAUGGGAAAUGUUUAAUUUCCAUUAAUGUCACAUAAAAAAAGGUCCUUUUCCUUAUGCAAUAACUAUUUUCUAAUAUCUAAACUUUUCGGGGAUGAAAUAUGAACUGGACGUGUUCUUCAUAGGUUUCAUGAUAUUUACUUGCUAUAGCCAUUUGAAAACCUGUCACUUAAGGUUUUUGAGCCUUUCUUUAUUGUAAUUACAUGGCAAUGCCAAGACUUAUUGUCAUAUGGUCAUAUAGAAGGCAGCGUUUGCUGUCUUACUGAGCUCAUUAGAGAGCCCUACUUCACUCUUGUUUAGACGUUCACAGCUUUGAGACACAGCAGUUUUAAAGGCUGUCCUUUUGGGAUUUAUAUAUCUGCAGGCUUAGUGCCCAGUUGCAACAAACAAUUUACAUUUGUAAGUUAACAGUUUUUUUAAGGCUUUUUUCCUAAAAUGUGUGCAGGAAAUUAUUCUCUAGCAAUUUACAGACUGAUAAGUAAUCUCUUGUAAAGUUUAAGACAUUAUUUAUGUGUUAAUGUAAUGGUAUUUUUAUGCACACAUCACCCAGAUAUUGAAUUUCUAUUUGCAGUCUAGGGUUUUCCUGAGAAAGGGGUGUCACUUUAAAAUCAGUCAGAUUGUAUGUUGUUGCUUUAUUGCAAAAUAAACAAUGUUUUAAUGUUAUCAGUAAAUAAUAUUAAUAAAACAAGUUAUUUGAUUCUCUACACAAAUAGCCUUAGAAGGCUAGUUUGGCAGUCUAAUGUUGAAAAAUGUGGUGUUCCUCAGAGCUCUGUCCUCGGACCAUCGCUGAUGUGUUACUUAUAAAUUACAGAGGGCAUUAUGCACAUAAUUUUAAAAUGCAUUAAAUACCAACGUAUACAGUCCCAUGUUACAGCACACUUUUUAUUUUUUGCAGCCCCUCUGACAUCAGAUCGAUUAGUUUUCAUUCUUGCCCAAUUAAAUGUUUAAAUCCCUUUGAAAACACACACUGUCAGAAACUCACCAGAGCAGUGUGUUUGGUUUGUUGAUCAGUUUGAUUGGUAGGUAUUGAUUAUCAUUGUUGCAAUCACAUGGAGGGAGCUUGGUUUUUUUCAUUGCACUUGAAGCUACUUCUCUUCAUUUGUCUUGAUUUCUUGCAUGCUGCUGUUUUUUCCUGCCAUUUUCUUUGAGCGUUCCUCUUUCUCUCCCCACCCACUUUGUAUAGACAGGCAGAUUUGCUAAGUGUGAUGGGUUGAUAAUGCUGGUAUCUCCUGCAGUGAAUGCAUGUCAGGCAGGCAGUAAUACAGUACAUUACUGUAGGUGCUGGUUCAGAUUCUUUGAUGUCAUCUCUGAAAUGGUGACUUUUAAUGACAUUUAAUGCAAAAUGUAACAUAUGUGAAUAAAAUAUACAGAUGCUCUGAUA